AUGACUGACUACAACCAGGGCUGCAAGAUCACCCUUUACUGGCUCGAGCAAUCUCGCAGCCACCGUAUCCUUUGGCUGCUGGAAGAGCUGAAAUUGAAAUAUGAGCUCAAGACUUUCAAGCGCCGCGCCGACAAGCUUGCGCCUCCCGAGCUGAAGGAGGUGCACCAGCUGGGCAAAUCGCCUGUCAUUACCGUCGAAGCUCCCGGUGCCUCCAAGCCUCUCGUGCUGGCCGAGUCUGGCGCAAUUGUCGAGUACCUCGUCGACCACUUUUGUCAAGCGCGGCCGUCCUUGGUACCCACUCGCUAUACCGAAGGCCAAGAGGGCAAGGUCGGCGGCGAGACUGAGGAGUGGAUGCGCUAUCGCUACUUCAUGCACUAUGUGGAGGGUAGCUUGAUGCCAUUCCUGGUGAUGACUCUUGUGAAUGACACUAUCCGCAAGUCGCCUCCGUUCUUCGUCCGCCCCAUCACCAGCAUCGUCGCGUCGCAAGUCGAGGCCGCCUUCUUGACUCGCAACAUUGACGGCAACCUGACUUUCCUGGAGGAUCAGCUUAAGACUGCGCCCGAGGGUGGCCCAUUCCUGUGUGGCAAGGAACUGACUGCAGCGGAUAUUUUGAUCAGUUUCCCGGUGAUUGCCGCCAGUGGCCGUGUGCUGCAGGAAAAGAAGGCCAAGGAGAAGUACCCUCUUCUCGGAGCCUACGCCAAGCGAUUGGAGGAGGUUGACGGUUACAAGAAGGCUGUGGCUAAGAUUGAGGAGGUUGAGGGCUCCUUCUCGGCUUCUAUGUAA